AUGGGGGUGUGCGAAUGUCCUGCCCGGCUGCUUCUGCCGUCCUUGCUGCUGCUUUCUCUGGGCCUCCCAGUGCUGGGCGCCCCCCCACGCCUUAGCCUCAUCUGUGAUGGUCGAGUGCUGGAGAGGUACAUCCUGGAAGCCAAGGAGGCAGAGAAUGUCACGAUGGGCUGUGCCGAAGGCUGCAGCUUGAGCGAGAAUAUCACCGUCCCAGACACCAAAGUUAACUUCUAUGCCUGGAAGAGAAUGGAGGUUGGGCAGCAGGCUGUAGAAGUCUGGCAGGGCCUGGCCCUGCUCUCAGAAGCCGUCCUGAGGGGCCAGGCCCUGUUGGCCAACUCCUCCCAGCCAUCAGAGACCCUGCAGCUGCACGUGGACAGAGCCGUCAGCGGCCUGCGCAGCCUCACCUCCCUGCUUCGGGCGCUGGGAGCCCAGAAGGAAGCCAUCUCCCCUCCAGUUGCAACCUCAGCUGCUCCACUCCGAACGUUCACUGUAGACACUCUGUGCAAACUUUUCCGAAUCUACUCCAAUUUCCUCCGGGGAAAGCUGAAGUUGUACACGGGGGAGGCCUGCAGGAGAGGGGACAGGUGACCAGGUGCCCCCUCCUGGUCACGUCCACCACCUCACUCACCACAUUGCCUGUGCCACGCCUUCCCCCACCACUCCCAACCCCCAUCGAGGGGCUAUCAGCUCAAUGCCCGCCUGUCCCACGGACACUCCAGUGCCAGCAGUGACAUCUCAGGGGCCAAAGGAACUGUUCAGAGCUCAACUGUGAGACUGAAGGAUGUCAUAGGGCCAGCCUGAGGCCCCAAAGCAGGAAGAAUUCAGAGAUCAGCUUUAAACUCAGGGACAGCGCCAUGGUGGGGAGACACCUAAACUCACCUGAUGCCCUGCAGGAUGGGAUGCCAGGACAAGCUUUGGAGGCAAAUACCUCUUU